AGAAGGAACCUACCGGGGCGGCUGCGCAGGCGCACAGUAGGAGGAGCGGGAGGGGAGUGCUAGAGCUGCGCUGUGGGGAAGAAGAAAAAAAAGAGAAGUUACCGUAAAACAGCAGAGGAAGGGAGGGUGGAUUAAAGAGUCCUCUGAAAACCUACGUACCGGCAGAGUGGAGAGAAUCUAAAUGUUUCGGAAAAUUUGAAAACAAAAAUGGCCUUUUGUGCAAAAAUGAGGAAUUCAAAGAAGUUAGAAGUAGGUAUAGCUGCAAAAGAUGGCCUGGAAAUCUGCUUUUACUUGCCUGACAAGUCAACUCUCUAUCAUCUCCAAGGAGAAUUUACUGCUGAGGAUUUGUGCAUUGAGUCUGCUUUGCACUGCAAUAUAUCUCCCCUUUGCCACAAUCUGUUUGCUCUGUAUAAUGAGAGAAGCCAAAGCUGGUAUUCACCGAAUCAUAACUUCAAGAUAGAUUCUAAUGUUUCACUGAAACUUCAUUAUCGUAUGAGGUUCAUUUUUACAAACUGGCAUGGGACAAAUGAAAAUGAGCCAUCCGUUUGGAGACAUUAUCCUAAGAAAAGAGAUGGUUAUGAUAAAAAACAAAUCCAGGAAGGUACCCCUCUUCUUGAUGCCAGCUCACUGGAUUACCUAUUUGCCCAGGGCCAGUAUGAAUUGGUGAAAUGCCUAGCUCCAGUCAGAGAGCCAAAAAACGAUCAAGAGGUUCACGAAAUAGAGAAUGAGUGCCUGGGCAUGGCGGUUUUGGCAAUUUCUCAUUAUGCCAUAAAAAGAAAUAUACAGCUUCCGGAUCUUCCCAAGGACAUCAGCUACAAGAAAUAUAUUCCAGAAACACUUAACAGAACCAUCAAACAAAGGAAUUUCCUAACCCGGAUGCGGAUAAACAACGUUUUUAAGAAUUUCCUCAAAGAAUUUAACAAUAAAACCAUAUGUGACAGUAGUGUUUCUCCACAUGACCUGAAGGUUAAAUACUUAUCAACCAUGGAGACGUUAACCAAGAAUUACGGCGCAGAAAGCUUUGAGACAAAUUCGCUGAUUAUCAAAUCAGAGAACGAACAAAAUGGCUUCAAUAUAAGUGACUAUGACAGUAUGCGUCGUUAUGAAGUCUUGGUCACUGGAAACUCAGGAAUACAGUGGAGACGUAAACCAACCUGUACCACAUCAGAAAAAGACAGGAAACUAAAACGGAAAAAAACAGAAAGCAAAAGUAAGAACUCAGAUGAAAAGGGAAAACUAAAAGAUGAAUGGAACUGCUUCUCGUAUUAUCCUGAAAUCACACAUAUUGCCAUAAAGGAGGAUACCGUCAUAAUUAAUAAUCAGGAUAACAAGAGCAUGGAGCUGAAGCUUUCCUCACAAGAAGAGGCGCUUUCCUUCGCUGCACUGAUUGAUGGAUACUUCCGUCUUACAGCAGAUGCACAUCAUUACCUUUGCUCUGAUGUUGCGCCACCUUUGAUAGUAAAUAACAUAAAAAAUGGAUGUCAUGGACCAAUAUGCACAGAAUAUGCAAUAAACAAAUUACGGCAAGAAGGAAAUGAGGAGGGAAUGUAUGUGUUGAGAUGGAGCUGUACAGAUUUUAACAAUAUUCUUAUGACGGUGUCAUGCAGUAAAAUGUCACAGUUUGAGUCCAAAUAUGUGAAACAGUACAAAAACUUUCAGAUCGAAGUAAAAAAAGGUAGAUACUCUUUGCUUGGUCCAGAUCGUGGCUUUGACUCACUGAAAGAUCUGAUGAAGCAUUUGAAAGGACAAGUGCUGAAGACAGAUGAUGUCAGCUUUACAUUAAAAAAAUGCUGUCCACCAAAACCAAGAGAAAUUUCAAACUUGUUGGUUGCAACAAAAAAAGCAUUAGAGUGGCAGCCGGUCUACCACCUGAGUCAACUGAGUUUCCAUAGAAUACUGAAAGAAGAAAUCACACAACUGGAACAUUUGGGUAGAGGAACUAGGACCCAAAUCUAUGCUGGAAAACUAAACUACAAAGAUGACAAUGAUAGUGAAAGCUAUUCUACAGAAAAGGAGAUAAAAGUCAUACUAAAAGUGCUGGAUCCAAGUCAUAGAGACAUCUCUUUGGCAUUUUUUGAGACUGCAAGUAUGAUGAGGCAGGUUUCACACAAGCACAUUGUAUUGCUUCACGGUGUAUGUGUCAGAGAUGUCGAAAAUAUAAUGGUUGAAGAAUUUGUGGACUUUGGCCCGCUUGAUCUGUUCAUGCAUCGUAAAAGUGAGGUUCUGACCACCCCAUGGAAAUUUAAAGUUGCCAAGCAACUCGCUAGUGCCCUGAGCUACUUGGAAGAUAAAGAUUUAGUGCAUGGAAAUGUUUGUACUAAAAAUAUUUUACUGGCGAGAGAAGGAAUUGACAAUGAUUGUGGUCCAUUCAUAAAGCUUAGUGAUCCUGGAAUCCCGAUUACUGUGUUAACAAGGCAAGAGCGUGUAGAGCGGAUUCCAUGGAUUGCUCCUGAAUGUGUUGAGGAUUCCAGAGUAUUAAGUGUUGCUGCUGACAAGUGGAGCUUUGGAACCACUUUAUGGGAAAUCUGUUUCAAUGGAGAAGUGCCUCUUAAAGACCGGACGCUAGCAGAGAAAGAAAGAUUUUAUGGAGGCUGCUUUAUGUUAGUCGCCCCUUCAUGCAAAGAGUUAGCAGAUCUAAUUAAUCAAUGCAUGAAUUAUGACCCCCUCAGAAGACCAUUUUUUAGGGCAAUUAUGAGAGAAAUCAACAAGCUGGAAGAGCAAAAUCCAGACAUUGUCUCUGAAAAGACCCCAUCUGCAGAAGUGGACCCUACUUUAUUUGAGAAAAGAUUCUUGAAGAGAGUAAGAGAUCUAGGAGAGGGCCACUUUGGAAAAGUUGAGUUGUGUAGGUAUGACCCAGAAGGCGACAACACCGGGGAACUGGUUGCUGUGAAAUCACUAAAGCCUGGCACAGCGGGCAGUCACAUUGCUGAUCUGAAAAAGGAGAUUGAAAUCCUGAGAAAUCUGUAUCAUGAGAACAUUGUAAAAUACAAAGGAAUUUGUGAAGAUGGAGGCAGUGGAAUAAAAUUGAUCAUGGAAUAUCUCCCAUCAGGGAGUCUAAAGGAGUACCUUCCAAGAAAUGUGAACAAAAUCAAUCUGAAACAGCAGUUGAAAUAUGCAACACAAAUAUGCAAGGGAAUGGACUAUUUGGGUUCACGUCAGUAUGUCCAUCGAGACUUGGCUGCAAGGAAUGUUCUUGUUGAAAAUGAACAAAUAAUAAAGAUUGGAGAUUUUGGAUUGACCAAGGCUAUUGAAACUGAUAAGGAAUAUUAUACUGUCAAAGAUGACCUGGAUAGUCCUGUUUUCUGGUAUGCUCCAGAAUGUUUGCUGCACUGCAAGUUUUACAUUGCCUCUGAUGUCUGGUCAUUUGGAGUAACCUUGUAUGAACUGCUCACAUACUGCAAUUCAGAAUACAGUCCUAUGACGAUGUUUUUGAAAAUGAUUGGCCCAACACAAGGACAAAUGACGGUUACGAGACUUGUACGCGUGUUGGAAGAGGACAAGCGUUUGCCAAUACCAGCAAACUGCCCAAAGCAGGUGUACCAGCUCAUGCUCAAAUGCUGGGAACAAAAUCCAAGCCACCGCACCACUUUUCAGGACCUAAUUAAAGGCUUUGAAGCUAUUAUAAAUACUUUGUAGCCAUAUUGCUACACACUGGCGAAAGGACGAUAUUUAGACUUUCUAACUCUCGAUGCUGCUCCUGUGGAUGCAUAUUUUUGUUUUUAUUCGCACUUCUAUUUGUGAUACCUGUCUUCUACAUUUCUACUACUAGAUAGGACAAAACUUUCUCCUAUGCAUUAUUCCUUUUGGGGCUUCACAAAGAAAAGGUGGAAACAUGUCAAGGAACUUACUGGCUCCUCCAGAAAUGAACUCAAUGUAGCAGAACUGUAAAACACCCCAGGCUUGCACAGCGUGCCAGAUGCACACAGAAAGGCUUUGUCUUUCCUAAAACAUAUUCUAUAACAGUUUCAGUUCUAACGUAUCAAGUAAAUAUAAGUGUAUAUACAUGUAUAUAAAAAUCUAAAACACAAAUCAUGGGAACCAUUCUUGCCCAUUGCAGGGACAGGAUGCUGAACACUUUCAGGACAUAUACUGUAUUUUGCAGGCAAAUUGGCUUAACCAGUAGUUUUUGACAAAGGAAUACAUUGGCUUAUUGUGCAUAAUACUUGGUUGUUCUUACAUAGCAACAGUUUUUCUGCAAUUCCAGGCAAUAAUAAUUGUCAUUAUGUUAAGCAUAUCAGCAAGUUGGAUUCAUAGAAAGGAAUUCAAACUGGAACCAUUCAUUCUGAACCACGCCCAGUGCUAGAUUGGGGCCUACAUUACCAGAUGUUGCAGAUAGUUGCACCUAUGUACCAUUUUAUCACACAGGGCUGUGAUUGUUUUAUGGAAACGGCACAGUCCCUAAAAGUAUGUUAUAUCAGUGUAACACAGAGAUCUCCGUAUAAAUAAGGAUCAGUAACACAUAAGAUACAUUUGCAUCACCCAGAACAACCUUCGAAAAUAUACUCAAAUCAAAAAUGUAGUUUUUUUUAAAAGUGAAAUGUGCUUUCGGCCCUAAUAGCACCGCUCAAUUCCUGUUUCUUUCUCUUUUUAUACCAAAUGUUGGAGCCCAACAAAAUGCAAUAAUUACAAGCACUCUGACACACCUCCCGCCCAAUGCUGUAGAACUGCACCCGUAUCAGACAAAAUCUAUCUUUUGUUUUCCUCAGGCUCCUGUUAGUUACAUAUAAGUUUCCCUUCAUGAAGAGGUCUGUACUGUGCCAUGGUUCAUAUUUUAAUAAAGAGUUUGAAUUAUAUUGUUAA